GCGCGCAAAGCGCCCGUAACGGACAGAGAGAAUCGGCAGAAAGUUGUCCGCGCAGUAGUAGGAAUUAAUCGUUGCCCAUUCUCUGCUAAAAGGUGUGAUGUUCGAUCUCUGGCUGUGCGAAGCCGGCAGGUGUGUCGUCCAACACGCACUGACACCCCAAACCAAGAUGGUUCGUACACCCGGCAGCCGAAAUGCACAGCGGCUUACGGCAGUUGCUCAGACGGGCUGUGCGGCAGAAGGACAACGAAGAGUCGAUAUCGUAUCGGUGGCACAGUGACGAAAACCCACGUUCGAUCGAUAUAAGUUUCACCUUUGUCGAUACUUUAAUAAUUACAGAACUCGUGGCAUAUUUAACAUCGGGUCUCGCAGUACCACAAACAUUUGCGGCAAUUGGUUCAUCACUGUGUCUACUGCUCUCGAGUCUUUGCAGUCAGUGGCAUCAGCGACAUGGUUCCAGCACGUGUGGUGCUAUACUUCCUGUCAUUUUCUGGUUUCCUGGUGAGCUUCAUGAUGCGCACUGACAUCAACAUCGCCAUUGUGGCCAUGGUGCGCAUCCCACCACCUACCACCAAUGCCAGCAAUGCAGAUGCCCUCUACUGCUAUGAUCCAGCUGCCACAUCUGAGGUCACUGCCAAUGACUCACUCUCUACUGCUGCGGAGUCACCUCCGGAUGAAGGUGAGUUUGACUGGGAUCUGCGAACACAGUCAGCAAUCUUAGGAUCAUUCUACUGGUGCUACAUCCUCUCACAAGUGGUGGGUGGUGUGCUGACACAACACUUUGGCACAAAGACGGUAUUUGGAAUGUCACAGCUUACAACUGCUGUCUGCUCACUGCUCAUACCGGCAGCUGCAUCUGUACACUACUCGCUGAUAAUUGUGCUGAGAUCUAUACAGGGCAUUGCAUCGGGGCUAACAUGGCCAGCUAUGUAUGCCAUUGUAGGCCACUGGAUACCUGCUGUUGAGAGGAGUCGCUUCAUGUCUUCUUUCCAAGGGUUCAGCUUUGGCAUUGGAUUAACAUAUCCCUUAUGCGGAUUCAUCAUUGCCCACUUUGGAUGGAGAGCAGUGUUUUACACAACUGGAAGUAUUGGGGCUCUGUGGUGUAUACUCUGGUGGCUGCUUGCUUUUGAUACUCCAGCAAAGCAUCCACGGAUUACUUCUGCAGAAAAACGUUACAUAGAGUCCAAUGUUGGAAAUACAGUUGUAGGUGACAAGGGCUUACCAGUACCAUGGAAAGCAAUUUUUACAUCAUUACCAGCAUGGUCUAUAGGAAUUACAACAUUCGGACGCAUAUGGGUUCAUUACACAUUCAUUAUUCCAGGACCACUCUAUAUGAAGACUGUUUUAGGUUUCAGCAUACAGAAGAAUGGUUUGCUCUCUGGCGCACCCUUCCUCUGCAGUUAUGUCUCGUCAGUAUUUUUCUGUUAUUUUGCUGAUGUUUUGGUUACUCGGAAGAUUCUUUCUUUGACAAAUGUUCGGAAGCUUUUCACUGCCAUGUCUCAGAUAAUUCCAGGACUACUUGUCCUAGCAAUUGGAUACUUAGGCUGUGAGAUAGUGUUGGUACUGAUUGCUUGGUUUCUUGCUGUUACCCUUAUUACAGCAUCUUAUGCUGGUGCAAUGGCUAAUGUGGUAGAUAUUGCACCAAAUCUUGCUGGACCAAUCCUAGCAUUUGCACAAACAAUUCACAUGACAGCCAGUUUUCUAUCGCCACUGGUCGCAGGUGCACUACUGCAAGAAAGUCCAACUUUGGAGAACUGGCGUCAUGUGUUUUGGGUGUCUGCAGUAGUGUCAUGCACGACAUACAUCAUGUUCCAGAUAUUUGGAACAGCUGAAAUACAGGCUUGGAACUAUCCUGAUCAGAAAUAUCCACUGACCCCUUCAGCAGAGGGCAGUGAUCAACUACUACCUUUAUCAAAAAAAGAAGAUUUGCAACAAAGGAGGAAUCAUGAUGCUGCUGAAGGCUGAUCAUCAGGGUUUACAUUUUUUUAUUGACCACAUGUGCUUUCUAUUUCUGUCUGACUGGCAGACAACAAACAAUUUAACUAACUUCCAAAAACUUAUACUGUUGCUCAUCUUUUGUCUGUGCUCGAGAUGCAUCAACAUUAUGGUUCCCAAGUUCCUCUUUGUUUUUCUUUGUGGAAAUAGUGAAUUAUGUUGGUGUAAGUCAGUAAUUUUGUAUUUCACAAAAACUCUUUGGCUUAACAUUUCUACAUAGUUCUUAUAGGUUUAUGUGCAUACAUUACACAUGAUGUGUUCUGGUCAUUAUGCCAUGGUACUUGCUUGAUAAAACAGAAAGCUAUUAAGAUAUCUGAGAGUUUGGAUAUAAGGAUUGGCUUGUAUUUCGUAUUUUUUAAUAAUGGAGAUUGGAAACAGCAUGCAAGUCUUUGUGGGUAGAUGAAAAUGGAUAUGGGACAGUAAGAUAUAUAAAAAUAUUAUGUUAAUUUAUUCUCCUAAUUGUCAUAAUUGCUACCUAAAUAUGGAGCUCGUGCGCAUGCGUGUGUGUGUGUGUGUGUGUGUGUGAGAGAGAGAGAGGGGGGGGGGGGGAGAGAGAGAGAGAGAGAGAGAGAGAGAGAGAGAGAGAGAGAGAGAGAGAGAGAGAGAGAGAGAGAGAGAGAGAUCUGGCCAAUGGUCCUUUUUUACUGAUGCUGUUCACUUUGCAUUUCUUAAAGAGUUUCGAGACCAUGUUGAGUUUUUAUUAUUUUGUUUUCUAAUUAACUGUGGCGGUUAUCUUGAAAACUUUGUUACUUCAUUAAGCAAAAUAAAUAAAAGAACUUCCAGAAGUAGUGAUGAUAAGUGCAGGAUGCAAUCAAAGAGAUUCACUAUUUUUGUGACAGUAUAUUUGUGUAAUAGUAGUUUCUUUAUAGCAAAACCAGCUAACAGAAUGCUUCAAGCAUGGUUGGUUAUUUUAAAGGUGGAGUAGUAUCGUACUGUAAGCACUGUAUUCCUUUCAAAGAAGUAGUUAGACUAUUAAACUUUUGUAUGCCCCAUCACAAUACUGUAUCCUGAAAAUUGUCAUUCCGGAUUACUGAGAAGUAUUAUUUUCAUUUGUGUCAGUGACAGAGUCUGAACAAACUGUAUGCAGUAUGUACUUACAACUAAUGAAAAGUGCCUAGAACUUAUGUGAUGAGAAAAAUAAGAUAAUAUUAUAAAGGAACUUUUGUGAUUGUUGUGUAGUUGCUGUCCAAGAUAAUCGUAAGUAAAUGAUAUCAUGUCAUUUUGAGUUGUGAGCUAAUGUAAAUUUAAAUAAUGUAAUAAUGGGACUAUAGUAGAAGUACUUAAACACUGCAAGUUGAGUAUGCAUUAAGCAUGCAUAAAAAUGGUGCUAUUGUAGAAUACAUUGAACACUCCAUAUUGAUAUAUAAAAUAAAUUUGUAUAUAAUAAAUAUAAAUGUGAACAAUUACACAUAAUACUGAAUUCCCCAUGUGUGGUAAUUAACUGGUUUAAUUCUGAGCAAUGUCACAUGUUAUUUUGACGUUUUCAAACUGGUCAGCAAAAAUGGUCCCUCUUUAGCUGACAAGUAUUUUGUUGUCAGGGUCUGAACUAAAAUGUGUAAGUUAUCAAAAUGGUCUGCUUUUUGUGAGCUGUAAAAUUUUAGAAAGCUGGUGACAUAUUUACCAGAAACCCUUCAUUUAACAGAGUUCAGUAUAAUGUAGUGUGGAACAGCUUGUAAUUGACAUGUAAGCCUUACAGAUAUAAUUUUUUCAAAUAUUGACCUGCGUACUCUUGAGUAAUGGUGGUGACCAACCUAAGAGAUUAGCACUGAAUUUAAUUGGAUGCCAGAGGCCAGUUUGAAUAGUGGCAGACCACAGUAUCAAAUUAAUAACUGACAGAGCUGCCAUUCUAUAUUACUCAAACAUUGUGAUGCACAGAGUUCAAUGCUCAGUCUACAUGAUAACAGAAUUCUCAAGACAACUUUUUCUGUAAGUAUUUCAAAACACAUAGCAGCAAUUUGUUGCAAUUUCAGUGAACACACUACUUAUUUUCUAGAUGUUGUCACUUCAGACACCUUCAAAGAGAUUUGUUAUACUUUUGCAGUUUCCAAGAUUACACUCAACAUUUAAGCAAUUCACUCCUUUCUGUGGAUGGCCACUGUGUUUACAAAUGUAGUAACUUAGUCCCAAAACACAACAGAUUUUAAUUGCAUAAUAUUUACUCUUAUUUUCAGCAAAUCAUUAGAAAAUUAGAUUUAAAUUUCACAAAGUAAUUAUAAUUUAACUUCUGUGUUCUACUGCCUAGCAGCAAAUAUUGGGAAAUAAAAUACAAAAACAAAAUUUAAAGCAUUAUUUGACUGAUAUACUCCUCAGUAUUGACAUGCGCCAGGUUCAACAAAGGUGUUGCUACGGUAUAAAAUAGCUCUCGCAGAUGCCUCUGUGUAGAAACGCAAUCCUUUCGAUAAAAUUUGUCAGUCAGUUUCUGUUAAAAAUACUAAAUUUGUAAUGUGCAAACUGAAUGAUAUCAUUAUGACAAAAUUGUAUUUAAAAAGUCACAAAUUGUACUGUGUUAAUGUAACUAAUUGUAAAUCACUCAUGGUAUUAGUCUUAAAAUUUGUAUUUUUAAUGUUCUUUAGUUCGUCCAAGUUUUGUUUUUUGGGUUACAUUGUCUUUCAAGGACAUAACAGGUUGUGUAAAAGUACAAAGUAUAUUGAUGUUUAUAAUUAUAUUUUGGAAUGCAGAAGAAGCGAUAAGUAAAAAGAGAAGAAAUUCAGCGAACUGCAAGUAUCUGUUGCCCCAGUAUAAAAAGACACAAGUUCUUGUAUACAGGAGUAGUUGUUCCUAGCCUAUCAUCCAGUUAUUUUAUGGAGCACAAAAAGUUUACAUGUAUUAUAUCUUUCAUAAAUGAAUGCAAGAAGAGUGACAAUAAACCCUAGAUGUGUGUCAGAACAACAAGACAGGUCCCAUUCAUUAUUAUUGAAGCUGCCCUAGUAAGCAUGUUAAAAUGAAAUAAAGAUCAGUCUCUCUGCAUGAGAUUAACGUGUGUGUGUGUGUGUGUGUGUGUGUGUGUGUGUGUGUGUGUG